AUGCCUACUCUCGUCCGCUCCAAGUCCGUCAGGUCGUCCAGGAGCUCCACCUCCUCUGACGCUUCUCCCCGUGUCGGCUUCUUGAGGGACCCCGUGAGCUCUGUCUCUCGUCCCGCUGACCACGACGAGGGCUGGGCUGCUUACCACUUCGAGAUGCACGCCCGCCGCUGUGCCUACUGCGUCGACCCAUACCAGGUCCACCGUCGCCAUCAGCAGCUCUGUGACCAGGGCCACCGUCUGGCCCAGGAAGUCGCCCGCUUCCUCUACAACAACUCCAAGGGGGAGACCUACAGCACUGCUGAGGAGGAGAACAAGCUCGUCCGUGUUGAGAUGCCCGCCGACUACCUCGAGGUCAAGGGCUUGCUGAAGGCCAUUGAGCGCAGCGCACGUCACCGCUCACGCUCUCCUUUUGUCUCCAUGGACCGCACCUACUACGUUGCUCCCCGCCAGCGAUCACGCUCCGUCAAGAUUGAGCAGCCAAAGCGACCACGAUCUGGCGAGAUUGUUGACUGGCCGGCCACUGCUCCAGCCCCAGCUGUCAAGGCCGUCGCCGAGAUCAACAACUCUACCGGCUCUCGACGCGGCUCUCUCUACGAGCAGGACAUUGCUGAUAUGCGCCGGAAUGCAAAGCAUUACCGGGUGGAGGUGCGAGAGCCCUCUGUGCGCGACAUCCGCGAGCACAGGUCCUCUGGCUACUACCGAUGA